UCACUGGUGCCCACAAAGCUCACACAAACUCAAAGCUCAACUCAGACUUAAGAAGAAAGACUUCUCUUUUCAGUUGGAAAAGAAGGCUACAAGUUUUUCUUGUGAUAGCAUUAUUACAGAGAGCAUCGCUAAAUGGAUUAUAAAAGCUCAGUCACAUGGUCUGCUUGAGGACACUGGAACUUGACUUUACUUCAGCUCAGCUUCAGUGAUCUUACCCCAACAUCCCAAAGAUGGCUGCAUAUGCCCUUGUGACUGAGAACUUUAAGUUUGCAUCACUCUUUUUCAAGAGUAAAGAUGUGAUGAUCUUUAAUGGUUUGAUCGCUCUGGGCACUGUGGCAAGCCAGACUGCGUACAACGUUUUUGCCUUUGAUUGUCCAUGUUCUCCUGGGAGGAAUUACUACUACGGAAUAGCUGCCAUCGGAGCGCCUGCAUUGGCAUUUUUUAUUGUUGGAGUAAUGAUGAACAAGAGAACUUGGGAUCUUGUAUCAGAGUGUCGCCUCAGGAAGUUCAGGAAACUGUCGGCGGCAGCUGCAUUUGCAGUAUUGGGAAGUAUCUUAGGGCGAGCCGUGGUGGCACCCCUGACGUGGACUGUUAUAUCUCUGCUGCAGGGUCUGGCAUACACAUGUGCUAUAAGUGAGUUUAUCGAUCCCAGCAGCGUGAAGGGCUUCCCUUCUGGUUAUAACGUAGAGGACAUGGCAACGUUCCCUUGCAAGGACAGUGUUAAAGCAGAGCUCCAAGACUUUUGGGCAGAAAUUGACCGGCGUCUGAAAUAUGAGUCACAGCUUAUUGGCUGGCUUGUGGUCGCUGGAACAUCUCUGGUGGUCUUCAUGGUCAUGUGCAUGAGACAUUGCUCUUCACCCCUCGGCUACCAGCAAGAAGAAUACUGGUCCAAAUAUCGGUCCAAUGAAAAGACCCUCUUUCGUCGAACAGCCGCUGUCCACGCCCAAGUCAUGGCUGCAAAGUAUGUUGAGAGCUUCUUUGGUUUUGUUGCUUUGGAGAAGGAUGAGAAGGAACAUAUUUUGGAACACAAGGCUGAAGCCAGUCCAAUCUGCAGCAAAGAAUGGAACAGAGUGACAGGUGUCUACCUUUAUAGAGAAAAAAACGGACUCCCUCUGUACAGUAGACUCAAUAAAUGGGCCACAUACAGCGCAGAGAACAAAGUGGAUGAUUUUGAUAAAGAAAUGGAUGUAUUUGACAGUUUUAUAACUUAGUGCAACGUAGUCACUGCACAAAAUGUGUUUCAUUUCAUAAAGUGGCUAUACCUUUGUACCUUAUAUUUCAAUAGACAUUAAAAGUUUUUUAAAGAAUACUUCUAACACGAUUCUCAACGGUUUAGCCGAGAUUGUCUAAUUUUAAAAGUCGAUACUCAGCCCAUUUUUGUUGUUAUUGUUUUGAUCCUGUGUUUACAAAGGUUACCCACCCGCCACCAAUCAGCCAAUUAUGAGAUGUUUUUUGUCUUUUAUGAUGUUUGUUUUGCAAGAGCUCUGUAGGCUUCCUAAACCAAGGUUGCAGAAAUAAGACAAGAAUAUGCAUAUACGUGGUACACUUGUACUACAAGUACAUUCACUCAUACUACAAGAACGUGUACUUAAUAGUACUCAACUAUGGUUACUCGUUCUAUUAGUAUGUGUACUUAUAUGUGCUUGUACUACAAGUGCAUGUUAUUGCGUGUACUUAAACCACUUGGAUUACAAGUGUGUGUAAUUCCAUGUACUUGGACUACAAGUACGUGUACUUGGGUUUACUUGGACUACAAGUGCGUGUACUCGUAAUACAAGUACGUGUACUUGUGUGUACUUGUACUACAAGUAAAUUGACCAGCACAGUAAAGCUAGCCACGCAAUUUCCCCAGAAAUGGCAUUUUCUAGUUUCUGGUAACAAAGUCCUGCACAAACUGGCCGAAAUCCUCGGGUCUGUAGGCUUGAAGCAACACCAGCCCACUAACAUAACGCUAGAGGAUCCAUUUCAUCCGGCAAGGAGACGAGAGCCACAGCAGCAGCACUAAGCAGUGGUACCUCCUUUGCCAUGGAGGCGUGUGGAACGUAAGAGCCAACUUGAACCGGCAACUCACGUUUCCCCAGGUCAUCACAUCCACCACCCUUCGGUAGGACAUUGUCUUCAAGUCUGUCCCAAUGAGGACAGUCAUCACGACAGAGCUAACAGUUUCGUGGGAAGAGGGGAUGGACGCCGCCUUCGAGGAAAGAAGGAAAAAUACGUCAACUUGGGUUGCUGGGGCUUCACAGGAACCUCCACCCAGCAGCUCAUGGUGUCACUUGAAAUCACAGGAUCAAAACUGAGGAAAGCUCUGAAGGACGUGGCAGUGUAAGCAGAGCAAGGCAGUUUCUGGCUCCGGAGGAAAGAUGGAGCCAAGGAGCUUAGGACCUCCAAGUUUACUUGGUAUGCGGUCAGGCCUGCGCUUGACUCAGGGACUCCUCUGCCAUGCAUAGCCCUUUUGGGGCCCAGCCCACAAGCCAGCUGCAGGGAGUGGCAGGAAGACAUCCCUGACACUGCCCCACAACCCUGAGAUGUUCCGGGAUGAAAGGGGCAGAACAUCGAUGAGGGGUGGUUCCCGACUGAUGACCCUGAAGUGGGCCCACCUGCACCGUCUGAGGUGUGACAAGCAGUUAUGCUCAGCAGGCUCCACCUACCUGUACUCCAAUCUGAUUGAAAUUCAACAUUGGUAUGAUAACGCAGAUUGAUUCUCUUUUGAGAAGCACAUAUCUGUCAGCCCAAAGGGGAAGGGGAUGCUUCAAUAUUUUGAUCUUAGUUACAGUACUAUUUUUGGUCACCAAUCAUAUAUAUUUGCUCCUUUAAAAUAUUGCAAUGCAUUCCUUAGGUCUAUGGUCAAUGUCAAUUUAUUUUUGUGCCUUAUAGAAGAGGAAGAGGAUUUUAAAAUGGAUUUUAUAUUUUAUAAGUAACGAGACAUUUUUCUAAUUUAGAGACUUAUUGAACAAAAACGGAAACAAAAUGUAUUCCAUGUACAGUAACUUCUCUCCAUGUCUACUUAACUGUGUCUUAAGCAUGAUUUCCCUUUUUGCAUAAGUGAGGUUGCUUCACAAUUGUGGACAAAAAAAUAUAUGAGAAACUCAUCUGAAUGAUAGCACUAAGAUACACCGAUGGAAUUAAAAGAAUGCUUCCUCAUUGUUUUAGUCAUUAAAGGUGAUAUUCCACUUGUUAAAAAUUAUAUCAGGUUUGCUAGACAAUUUGCUACGAAAAUGCCCAGAUUGUCUUUUUCAAGCUAUUUUCGUACAUUUUGUUUGCCUCCGUUAACAGUCAGAUUUUCAUUCAUGUGUGACUGAGUGGAUUGAAUGUUUUCAUUAAAACUCAGACUUUGUUUGGCCAUUGACAAGUGAGCAGGUCCGUAUGGCUCACUAGGCAGACCAGGCGAAUGCUAGGGGUGCCAGCAAGACAAAAGGCUCAACUGGUGGAAACAGUUUUUUUUCCUUAACUGCUUGUUUUUGAAAAAAAAAAAAAAAAAAGAUUUUAAAGAACAUAAAAAAACCUUUCCACUUGUACUGCAACGAUUAAUUGAUUAACUCGAGUAUUCGAUUAUAAAAACAAGAUUCAAAUUAAAUGUUGCUGCUUCGAGUAUUCGUUUAAUUAAAGUGGCUUUGUAAUGUUUUUUUUUUAAAUUGUUUGCAUUUAGUUUUAUUUAUUUGGGUGGAUACACUGCCCUCUAGUCUGCCUCAUUUCACAUGGCUGAAUCCAGCUGCUCCAUGUUAAGACCAACAUACUAAGUUUUUGUUUGAGCUAAUGUUUUUUUUUUUAUGCAUUCGCAAUUUACUUUAUUGGUAUAUUUAGCCUUUUUUUCUGUGGGAAUAUGUGUCUGAACUAUUUGUUAAGAGCAUUGUAAAAAAAAAAAAAAAAAAAAAAAGAAAAAAUGUUCGGGUUUUAUAGCAUUUAAGCUAGCGGACUUUUGCUAUGUAAGUCAGCCAUUCUUCUUUUGUUGUACAUAGAUCUUUAUCUAUUUUUUUUUUCAUACCGUUUGAGGAUCAGCUCAGGUAUUUUAAGUUUUUCAUGUACCUUAUCUGAUUACUCGAUUUAUUCGAACUAACUAGUUUAUCGAUUAAUCAACUACUAAAAUCAUCAACAGCUGCAGCCCUACUUUCCACUGAAUCACAGUACUUUUAAUAAAAACAAUUUUGGAUUGUCUGCUGCAGGAAAGAUGUUCUCUGCUUAGAUCUACUUUCUUUUGUGGUGUGGAAUCAUUCCACCAGUAUGUACAAACAACUGCUCCAAAGAUGGCACAAUCCAGACUCAAGAGAUAUUUCAAACUGGGGUGGUUUACGCCUAUUGACAAUCCUAAUGCUGCGCAUGAAAAAACUAUUCCAAUAUUUCAGAACAAACCACCUUUACCUUGCAUGUCUGUGUUUCUGUUAUUUCCAGAAGCAAGCAGAAGCAGAGCGAGCAGAAGAAAGAGUAGGCCGACUUGUGAACACAUUGCUGAAGAUAUUAAAAUAUUUUAAAAUUGGUGAAGACUUGAUGGUGGAAAAACAGCAAAAAUACACAAAAUAACAAUGUCAAAAUAGAUGGACUUUUGUUAACACGGAAGUCAGUACAGCAUCUUCUUCAACCAUUUCUGAUACAUUGGUACCUCUACUUAUGAACAUCGCUAUACAACGGGAAAGUUUUGCCUAUUGUUACGAAUGAAAUUUCAGGAUACGAGAGGCAAAAAUACAGUAUGGGCUGCUACUCAAAGCUCCCAGAGUUUACAGAA